AUGUCUGCAGGGGCAGGCUGCCUGUCAAGCUGGUCAGGGGAGCAGUGCUUCCUCAUCAGGUCUUCCAUCAAGAAGCGGGGCCAGCCGAGCUCCCACAAGUCCAAAGGCCGAAGCUCCCAUGCUCAGCCUCCUGGCUGCUCGAAGGCUCACACAGGAGCUCAAGAACCGGACAUCUACGAGGACACAACUGGAACUGCAUCACCGUCUACCAAUCUGCACCAUCCAGGAGCAAGUACGGGCCAGCAGCCUGCGGGUACAAUGAGGGUUCCCUCAUGGUCAGCCAGGCCAGAGGUGAAGUUCCCCUGUGUCCAGGCAGAGGAACUGAUGCAGACCCACCUGCCCUCCAAGCUGGCUGGUGUGGCCUACCAUCCAGGCCAGUGUGCCUACCUGGCUGCCAUUCUGAGUCCUGAGAUCAGGGACCUGGUCAAGGACAUCACCCCACCCCGCUAUAAGCUAGUGUGUUCUGUCAGCAUUGGGAGUAAGGGGCAUGAUGGUGUGGUGGUCGCCAGCAAGAGCCUAUGGGACCCACAUGCAGACCGAUUUGCCACCUCCUACUAUGUGAACUCCAUACUCUUCUGCAUGGCAUUGGUGCAUGUCAUCUAUUUAAAAUGA